GACCCCCGAGCAUCAAACAUGUCUUAAAACCAGUAAUGGGACACCAUCACUCCUCACCCACCCAAGUCAAAAAUCUCCACUUCAGUCUGAUUCCUUCUUAGGUCAUUGUCGCAGUUGUAGCUACCGUUUCCAAACCCCCACCCAACUCCUCUAAUUUCACAUCCGUCGUCUCCUCUACGCAUCGUCACCACUCUCCCCCGCCCUCCUCUCUCUCUCUCUCUCAACUACACACACAUUAUACAUACGUAUAGAGAUAUAUAUACACACCCUCCUCACUUCCAUUCUAAAGUACCAAUCUUUUCCUUUCCCCAGUCCCCUACCAUGACAACAGAAACACAGCCUCACUCCAACACCGGCAACGGUGGCGACACCACCACCGCCACUGCUUCGUCCGCUGUUCAGCUCCAACAAACUCGCAAACUGCCUAAUUUCAUGCAAAGUGUAAACCUCAAGUACGUGAAAUUGGGAUAUCACUAUCUAAUGACACACCUGUUCACUCUGUUUCUAGUCCCUCUCAUCGCCAUCGCAAUCAUUGAGGCCUCACAUAUGAAGUACGACGACAUCCACCAACUCUACCUCCGCCUCCACUACAACCUCAUCACCGUCGUCAUCUUCUCCGCCGUCAUGGUAUUCGGGUCCACCGUCUACAUCAUGACCCGACCCAGACCCGUAUACCUCGUCGACUAUUUCUGUUACCGUCCUCCGUCCCAGCUCCAGGUCCGAUUCCAAAAAUUCAUGGAUCAUUCAAGGCUCACCGGAGACUUCGACGAGUCGUCGCUCGAAUUCCAGCGCAAGAUCCUUGAACGGUCCGGUCUCGGCGAAGAGACCUACCUCCCGCCGGCGAUGCACUGCAUUCCGCCGCAGCCGUCGAUGGCCGCCGCCAGAGAGGAGGCGGAGACGGUGAUGUUCGGCGCCUUGGACAACCUGUUCAGCACCACCUCUGUGAAACCCAAAGACAUUGGCAUACUUGUGGUGAAUUGCAGCUUGUUCAAUCCGACCCCUUCUCUCUCCGCCAUGAUCGUGAACAGGUACAAAUUGAGAGGGAACAUUAGGAGCUUCAAUUUGGGUGGAAUGGGUUGCAGUGCAGGUGUUAUCGCAAUCGAUUUGGCUAAAGACAUGCUUCAAGUGCAUAGAAACACUUAUGCCAUUGUUGUUAGCACAGAGAACAUUACCCAGAAUUGGUAUUUCGGAAACAAGAAGUCCAUGUUGAUCCCCAAUUGUCUGUUCCGUGUUGGUGGCGUCACUGUUCUGUUGUCGAACAAGACCGCCGAGAGACGGCGGGCGAAGUACAAACUCGUCCACGUCGUCAGGACCCAUCGCGGCAGCGACGACCGCGCCUUUCAAUGCGUGUACCAAGAGCAGGACAACAAUGGUAAGACGGGAGUUUCAUUAUCCAAAGAUCUAAUGGCCAUUGCGGGAGGAGCAUUGAAGGCGAACAUCACCACAUUAGGGCCUCUGGUGCUGCCAAUAAGCGAACAACUUCUGUUUUUCGCGACCCUAGCAAUGAGGAAGCUAAUCAAUCCGAAAAUGAAGCCAUACAUACCCGAUUUCAAGCUUGCUUUCGAUCAUUUCUGCAUACAUGCAGGGGGGAGAGCAGUGAUCGACGAGCUGGAGAAGAACCUGCAGCUUCUGUCAACACACGUCGAGGCUUCUCGUAUGACUCUGCACCGGUUCGGGAACACUUCAUCGAGCUCGAUUUGGUAUGAAUUGGGGUAUACAGAGGCAAAAGGGAGGAUGAGAAAGGGACACCGUGUUUGGCAGAUUGCUUUCGGGAGUGGGUUCAAAUGUAACAGUGCAGUGUGGGAAGCUCUCCGGAAUGUCAACCCCUCUGCUAAUAGUCCUUGGCAAGAUUGCAUUCACAAGUAUCCACUGCAUAUUUCUGCAUAGUAAUAUUAUUAGUUUAUUGGGUGGAAUUUUUUUUUUUUUUUUUUAGGUGUUGAGUUGAGAAGCAUAAACAAAGUCUCCCACUGUGGUUCUUGUACCAUACUACUGUGAUAGAUACGUAGUGUUAAUUGUCUUGUGAUGUGUAGUGUGAGGAUGUAAAAGGGAAUGAUUCAUGGAGAGACACACUGUUGUAUAAAUAAUACGAUUGUUAUGGUGUUUGGUUCAAUCAAAUAUUUAGUUUUAGUACAGAA